AUGACUCGUGAAAUCCCUGGUUUCUAUUAUGACCCGGAGAAGAAGAAGUACUUCAAGAUUCAAGCCAACCAUGUUGCACCCCCAAAUGCACAAUACUCGCAGCAAUCCGUGAAGCGAAAGCGGUCUGAGCUAGCGACACAUGAAAACAAAACACGGUUCAGACAACGUGAGAAUAAAGAGAUGAUCCGAAAAGCGCCAUCGUUGAGACAUCCCUUGGUCAACCUCCAAAGAGAGAUUGGAGCCAUUGAAUCUUCCUCCCGUGCGAGACAAGAACAGCAGGCUCGCAUUCAGGCCAGCCAACUACAUCGUGGAGAACUCCAUCGUUUCGAGCCAUGGCCUAGCUCGUACAGUAUCCGAUAUGUCUUGCGCAACCCACGUUCUGGGACAUUGAUUGCCGGCUCGGCUCGCGGAUAUGAAUCGUCUGUGUCGGUCUGUUUUCCUGACAUUGACGAGUCACAGUGGAGCUAUGAUCACACCAUGGAACGGGUGCUAUUCAGGGAGCCGUAUUCGUUAGGAUCGAUGUCUUUGAGCCACUCAGGAUACCUACUUGCAACAAUGAACGAAGGACCGCAAGGUGACUGCUUCCUUUCGGCCCAUCUCCUCCCAGAGCCCGACGAAGGCGGCAACUACCGCUGGCCAACAUUCUCUCACCCGAUUCGGAUCAGACCCCACUACCCGAUGUCCUUCUGGUGCUCCGCGGCCCAGCCCGCAGGAUCAAGCGCCUACUUUGCCAUAGGAACUUCAGAAGGGCUACACACCCUAGAGGGUACCAGUAGCCAUUGGACCCUCUCGAAGAAACCAUUUAAGGGCAAUAUACUUCCCACACGCACCAGAGCACCCCCCAAGCACAGCAGCCAACGCAGCGUGCAUGCCGUGGAAUGGAUGUCGCAGGACGUGAUUGCGGCGGGACAGAAAAACUCUAACAUCUUCCUCCACGACAUGCGCAGUGGUGGCAGUGCCACACGUCUCCGACACAACGAUGCUGUGAUGGAAAUGAAGCAGAUGGACGAGUACCGGCUCGUGGCGGCGGGACCUAGCUCGCUACGAAUGUACGACCUCCGCUUCGCGCCAAAAAUGCUUGAACGUCAUGAUUCCUCAAAGCCCUACCUAACUUUCCCCGAAUUCUCUUCACUACCGUUCCCAACCUUCGAUCUGAGCACCGAGCUCGGUCUUCUGGCUAGUCCAUCCCAGGACUGCAAAAUCCAGCUAUUCUCUCUCCAAACCGGACUGCAGGUCUCAUCGCCUCUCACAGGGCAUCAAUAUUCCUCACCACCUAGCUGUGUGCGAUUCGAGUAUGGGAAUGAUACCCCGGAGUGGCGGGGCCCGCAUGGACCGAGUUUGUUGGUUGGCACUGAUGAUGUGGUUGAGCAGUGGACUUGGUAG